GCAUGAUUGAGUAUUAGUUCAUUUUAAUAUUGAGAGUUUAGUUUAAAAUUAGUUAGUUAUGUUGAUCAAAAUUGCUUCAAUUUAUGCUGUUUUAAACAUAUCAGUAUCUUCAGUCGCUACCAUAGUUUGUAUCGUUUUCGCAGUUCGUUUCCCAGAAAACAUCACACUCACAGCCGUCAUGUACGCAGCGCUUUGGUUUGCCUUCAGUGUGAUACUCUUGUGGGGAGUUCGAGAUCACAAUUUCUUCAGCGUACUCGCCUACGUAUGCUUCCUGGUGAUUAGCAACGUAAUGUUCAUAGCCGCACUGUUCUCGACAGAAUUUGAAAGUUCAAAUCCGGCUCCCAUUGUGGCAACUUUACGGAUAAGUUUAUUAGUACCGGAACUGUUACUUUUGCUGAGUUUAAAGAAACGGUUUCUUGAGCAAUUGGAAUACGCUGAAACCUCGAUAAGUUGACCAUCGGGGUUUCCCCGGCACUACAACACACUACCAAACGUUUGUUUUGAUAGUAAGGGUGAGGCCCGUGUGUUAGUGACAGUUGGUCACUAUUUAGUUUGACUUUGUCAAACUAUCUAACGAAAAUUUGAUCCAUCACCAUCACUUGAAACGUAUUAUUAGCUGUGAAUUAUGAUAGU